CGGUAUUCAGAAAACACAUCCAUAACAUUGGGAUGCGCCAUCAGAAGGAUCUAUGACUGUUCAUUCGAGAGGGAGCUUACGUAGUUGUACUCUUUUUACCUUACUAUGGUUUUUCCCAUUGGGUUUUCCUGGAAAGGUUUUUAACGAGACAACAAAGACGUUAAGCGAGAGCGGAUAGUGACACCGGCCCCCAAGGGAGAGUGUUACGAAAGUCAGAAGAAAAAAUGAGCCGCUUUCGUUGAAAAUAUAAAAGAUGUGGGGCCCGCUGCACUAUUUGCACAGUAAAUUUCAUAAGAACGUUUGCGUUCGUUUGUAAAUACACUGAAAACUCUUCUCUUCCCUUUAAUAAGAAACACUCUCUCUCUAUAUCAGUGUUAUCUUCUCCUACAGGUAUAAAUUUUUACUCUUAUUUAAAUUUCUCAAUACUAUAAAAUCAUAAGUUAUUUUAUAACAAAUUAAACGUUUUCGUAAAUGGAUUUGAAUAAGUUCCUUGAGGAUCAAAUCCAUCAGAGCACAGCUGACUUGUUAGUUACUUGGACGUCACGUCCUGCCAACAGACUAUAUGAACUAGUAGGACGAGACGACUUCAAUAAAAUUUGACGAGUAAGUCUUCAGUUUAACUUUCUGGAUCUAAUGUUAGACCUUAAAAUGAAACGGAAUUUGUUUUGGCCUUUAUUAUUAUAAUACUAACUAUUAGGUGUCACAUAAGACAUCAAUUAAUAAUUUACUCAUAUCUUCCGUCUUCGGGUAUUACAUUGUCAUAAUAACAUUCUCUAUCUCGGUUGGCGUGUUAAGACAUAUUUGGUUUGAAGCUGAAGGAAGACGACAACAAUGGCUUUCUGCGUUGACUUUUUUCUGUAACUAUACGGGAUGACCGGCAUUCACAUGCUGAAACAUCAUAACAUACUAUUGCAUCUCUGAUUGGUAUGUUGAUUGGCUGUGUCUUUCUUUUCUUCAGGGAACUUAAAAUUGCGUUUUCAAACUAUUUGUGUGAUGUUUUAGGCUUUAGAUGGAUUGUUCUGAAGCACGUACAGAUAAAAUUGAGGCACAGCGGUUAACGGGUGUGUCUCAUGACAUUGAAUCUGUCCCAGAUUUUCUUACCAAUCUCAGGUUGUCAGAUCUUUACAAUCUCCCGGGUGAAUAUGUGGAGAUGCAUCCGGAAAUCUUUAGUGCAAUGAGAGCUGGGAACAUAGAAUAUUUGGAGAGGAUGAAAAGCUACGGAACACCAAUGGCAUGUCUCAAGAGUGAUUUAGGAGACUCAGUUCUUCACCUUGCUGCGGCUUGGGGUCAUCUUGAGCUAGUUAAGAGCUUAGUCUCUGAAUGCCCAUCUCUUCUGUUGGAGUCAAAUGGCAAGGGACAGCUUCCUCUUCAUGUGGCGGCUCGUGCUGGCCAUUCAGCAGUUGUUGAGGCUCUUAUUUUGUCCAUAACAUUUUUUGCUGAUAGAUUCUCUGAAGAAGGUAGAGAAAAAUUGAAUCUAUUUGUUCUGAAGGACGAAUAUGGAGAUACUCCUCUGCAUUUAGCCUUCAAAGACCUUUAUGAAAAAACAGAGCAACGCUCCACAAAAUCAUCCUUGUCUCAUCUUAUUAUGCAUUGCUUCAGAUCCAUUUCAAUUUCUGAUCCAUCAACACACCUGAUGGAAACAGCUGCCUGUCUGGUGAGUGCUGACCAGCGAGCUUCGUUCCUUGCGAAUAAAAAUGGAAUAUCUCCUUUGUAUUUGGCAAUUGAAGCUGGUAAUGUAUCCCUUGUGAAUGCAAUGUUAAACCGUUCUGGUAAUAACGUCCAAAGCAAGAACUUGACCUCAGAAUUAGAAGGGAGAAAAUCGCUUGUGCAUGCCGCCCUAAUGGCCAAGAGUACAGAUGUUCUUGACGUUAUUCUCAGUGAAGACACGGAUCUUCUAAACGAGCGAGACGAAGAAGGAAGAACUUGCCUUUCUGUUGGAGCAUCCAUGGGGUAUUACAAAGGAAUAUGUAAGGUAUUAGAUCGAUCAACAAAUAGUGUUUAUGAGCGCGACGAAGAUGGUUCCUUUCCUAUCCAUAUGGCAGUAGAGAAAGGUCAUGAGAAAGUUGUUAGGGAGAUUCUAAAACGUUGUCCAGAUUCUGUAGUGCUGAUUAACAAACAAGGUCAGAACAUUCUUCACAUUGCAGCAAAGAGUGGGAAAGCUGUAUCUUUUCUUUUGGGCUAUAUAAGGAGACUUUAUACAAAGUAUCAUCUAAUCAACGAGCAAGAUGUAGAUGGGAAUACACCUUUGCACCUGGCCACCAUAAAUUGGCGCCCUCGGACUGUUGAUAGUCUAACUAGCUUUGCUUCAACCACAACAAACAUUCUGAAUAUUCAGAACAAAGAUGGGUUGAGACCUCUUGAUCUCGCAGAGUUAAAUCUACAGUCUGAUUACUAUCUGCGGGAGAGAUUGACAUUAAUGGUAUUGCUGUGCGUUUGUGCGCCUAGAGGUGUUGCUUGGCUUCCGACAAGUGGGAUGACGCUAAGAAGUAGAUCAGAGCAUCAUCUAGAUGCAAACAAAUACAAAGACCAUAUCAACGCUCUUCUACUGGUGGCAGCUCUUGUAGCCACUGUUACAUUUGCUGCGGGAUUUACAAUACCAGGUGGCUUUAACAGUUCUGCUCCAGACAUGGGUAUGGCCGUUCUGGCCUAUGACUCCACCCUCUUCUUUUUCCUAGUAUUGGAUACAUUGGCGAUGCAGAGCUCAGUUGUAGCAAUAGUUGCUCUUAUCUGGGCGCUGUUGGGGGAUCCUGCAAUCGUUCACAGAGCAUUUCAUUUGGCUUUGCCAUCACUCUUCCUUGCUCUUCUCUCCAUGUCAUGGGCAUUUGUUGCUGCCUUGCAGGCUACAAUAAAGCAAAACAGCGUGCUUAUAAACGUCAUUUCAAUUACUUCUAUGGUCUUCUAUGGUUUGAUAAUAUUCCUCCUUACCCCUUACGUUAUCCCUCAGGUUCCUGGCUUUCCUUUUCUUCAAAGAUUGACUCGUAUAUAUCUUAUCCUUCUUUUGAUCUUUGUUAAUGAAGACGAUUCUGGAAGACAUUACACCUCUGGCUCUGAUAAUAUGUGUGUGAAGAGUGUGGCAGAGUCUGUGGGAUCCUCAGGCGCGGACCAAGUGGGAAAGUCUGCUUGAAAACUGAUUGUAGUAAUAACUCCAUCUCCAUGCCUGAUCACUUAAAUAACUUGAGUUAUCGUGGUCCCACAUGCAGUGUUUUUCCUUGUUUCUUACGUUAUCCCACAUGUUCCUAUAAUUUUCCUCUUCUAAAAGGCUUCACUAGGACAUAUGUCUAUCUUUGUUUGUCGUUUUUAAUGAAUAUGUUGAUGAUGGGAAACAUUAGAGCUCAAAGGUGGGGUUUGUGGGAUCUUAAGGUGCAGGAUCAUGCUAGAAGCUUGAAAUCGUUUUUGAUAUGAUGUUUGGUUUCAAUUUUUGAGUCAAUCAAAUGUGUAAAUGAGUUAAUUAUUGUUUGAACAGUGUGUAAUACGUGGUUGUAGUAAUAAUCACAUAUUUAAUUUACAAGAGUUAUUCAAUCAGUUCUGUUGCAGCACUUUG